AUGCUCUUUACCUGCUGUGGUAGUGCAAACGUAAAAAAUCAACGUGUUGUUGUAUACGGGGAGGAGGAACUGCCGCCAAGGCCUAAUUCAUCAGUUGACGAUCGUCGUAGUGAAUUGCAAUCAGGUCGACAUAGUCAAGGCUCAGCAUCGUGUCCAGAAACAUUUCGAACCUAUGCUAACAGCCCUACACGGGAUAGUCCAUGCUUGAGAAGUCGCAGCAAUUCACGUUCACGAAGUAGCUCACGAACUGAAAUCUUACGACCCGGCCAGUGGACAACUGUAACAUCACAAGUGAAAUUUCGUACACUUACACCAAGUGAACAACAGGAAGUUUUUGAAGUACAAAAAAAAGAGAGAUUGUUACGUGAAGAAUCGGCAGUUAUAACAAAAAUGGAUGAGGGUGCUGAUGGAAAUGGUGGCAAUCAACCUACUGAAACGAUUAGUCGCAUACCGGAUAGUCCCGGAUCUCGUUCCAAUUAUGGUGAAUUUUAUUGGGAUACUAAUGGCGAAAAUGGUUAUCACGUUUCGGAUUCAUUCGAUAGCGAUCUGAUGCUUGAAAUAGAUAGCUAUGGAAAGGGUGUUUCUGCGGCACGACUUGAUCGUACACAGGAAGAUCUCAACAAAUAUCGUCAACGUAUUGAUGCUAAUGUGGAGCAUCAAAAAGAAUAUUCCGAUCUCAUAUCUGCUUUACAGCAUAAGGUACAAGAAUAUCGCCGCCAUAUUGCUGAUCUUGAAAGUCGAAUAGCAACACGUCGAUCAGAUGAACCAUCAUCAUUCACAUUGAUUGAUUCAACCGUAUACCCCGAUGGAAAAUAUAAGGAUGAAACAUUAUGGAGUCCUAAAAAGGGCUUAGAUGAUGCUGAAUAUCAACUUUUGGCUAAAUUAGAUGAGGAACGUAGAAGAGUUGAUGAUUAUCGGAUACAAUUGGAACAAGAACGUAUUCAAAAUGAUCAACUGUUACAUGAAAAUGAACGUCUUCGUCAACAAUUUGAAAUAAAUAUCCGAGAAAAUGAACGCAUUUACAGAACUCGCGAAAAGAAUCUUGCUCAGUAUUUAAGUGAAGAACAAAAAAAGAUGAUGGAUUUAUGGACUGAGUUACAACGUGUUCGCAGACAAAUAAUACAACAUAGGGAGCAAACGGAACAUGAUCUGGAAAAUCAGCGUAAUGAAUUUACUCGAUUAAUUCGAAAUGUUGGAGGCUUAACUAGACAAUUAAAUCUUACCGGUGUUGAGGGUGGUUAUAGUGGCAUCAAAGAACCAUUAUUGGUUGAAACUAGCCGUGGAGGAGGUGAAACAGUUAGUCAGGAUACUGUAUUAAUUGAAGCAAUUAAAAGAAUACGCGAAAGUCAACAAACUGUAAGUCAACCAGGAUUACAGAUGUUCGAACAAUUGAAACUUGCAACUUCUACAGCUGGUGAUGCAGAUCUAUACAAUGAACUUAUGAAAAAAUAUGAAGAAUGCAUUGAAAGAAAUAUUGAGCUGGAAUCAAAAGGUGAUGAAGCACAACGCAAAAAUGCUGCGCUUGAAGCUGAGCUUCAACGAACUAAAGAACGCCUUUCAGAUAAUCAGGUUGCGCUUCGUAAACUACAUGAAUUGGCUCAAGAUGCUUCUCGUGCGCCAGAAAGAGAGAAAAGAACUCGUUCACUUUCUCCAAGUGGUGCGCCACUUCCACCAUCGGAAACCUUACGCAGUGUUCGCAAUAUCAUCCGUAAUAAAGAUAGUCAAAUACAACAACUGGAAAGAAAACUGAAGAUUGUUGAAGGCCAGGUCAAAGAAUUCGUGAACAAAUUCGAACAUGCUGAUGAAGCUCGACGUUAUUUGGACAAACAUUUGGCAGAAAGCAAACGUGAACUGACAAAUCAAAUUAAAAAUUUGGAUGACGCGGAACGUCAAGUAAGACGUCUGGAAGAACGAUUACGUGCCGCUGAUUUAGAAAAAGCAGCAGUUGAGAAAGCUAGAAAAUUCCUGGAAGAAGAGAUAAACAAGUUGCAUCAACAAUAUCAAAAGGCAACAGCAGAGGAAGAACGAAAAGCUCGUGACAAAGAACAUGAAAUUAAUCUUGGACUUGAGGAGGAAUAUAAAAAUCGCAUUAACGAAUUAAAAAAUCGCAUCGAAACAAUUCAGCGUGAUAAUACGAAAUUAAAAACGGAGCUAAACACAAUGAGGGAUAAAUAUCGUGAUACUGAAAAUGAAUACAAUAUUACACUACGAAAAUUGGAAGAAAAAGAUGCUGCAUUGCGUCAUCUCAGUGAAAUUAAACGUCAACUAACCAAUGAGCUUGAUCAGCAGCGAACACGUUAUGAUACAUUAAAUUCUGAAUUUGAUAAAUUAAAUAACGAAUUUGAGAAUGUUGGCAAGACAUCUGUAACAUUGGAGCAAACACUUCGUGAAAUCAAACAACAACGAGAUGAAUAUAGCAAACAGAGAGAUGAGCUUUCACGACAAAUAUUCGAUUUGAAGCAUCAGUUAGAAAAUGACAAAGCAGAAUAUGAAGAAGCGGAAAAAACAAAGAGCCGUUUAAUAGAAGAAAUCGAAAAGCUCAAACUUCAAAUUACGGAUUAUGAAAAUCAGCUAAGUAUACUACGCCGACACAAUGAUGAACUUGAUACGCAAAUUAAAAGUGGUCAAGCUAAAACAACCGCUGUCGAGAACGAUUUAAUUACAAGUCAAAAAGAAAUUGUUAGAUUGAACGAAUUGAACGAUCGUCUUCAACGAGAAAAGCAGGAUGCCAUCAACCAAAAACUUAAAGCUGAAAGUGAUGCUGAAGUAUUGAAAGAACAAAUUCGGAAGCUGGAACAGGAAAUUGAGAAGCUAAGAAUAGAAAAUCGAACAAUUAUUGAACAGGAAGAAAAGAUACGUGAUGCUUUAACGAAGGAAACAAAUCGUGCACAUCUUCUGCAAAAAGAACUUGAAGAGACAAAAGCGGAAAUCGAAGAACUUGAAAAAAAAAUCAAACGGUUAGAGCAGGAAAUUGAAAGUAGUUCUCGUGGCACACGCAAAGAUGAAUCAGAAGAAACAGAUAAAAUAUCACUCGCUCCAAGUGGUCCUACAAUUUAUGAUACCGAACUACAUGAAAUUCGAAUCAGGGAAGUCAAUGAUAAAUGGAAACUUGAAUUUGAUAAACUUCUCGGUGAAAAGGAUGAGCUUGAGCGUAAAAUUCGCGACCUAGAAGACCAAAUCACGCAAAAAAAUCGUGAAAUCGAACGACAAGAAUCCGAGGUAGCAGAAUUAAAACGUAAACAUCAAGAAGAAAUUGAUCGAUUGAAGGGCGAAAUUUCACAACUUCAUGAUAAACAUCAGAAUGAUCUCGACGAUGAGAAAGAGCAAUACAAUAAGAAUCUGGAAUCGAUUAAGCUUGUUGAGGAUGAACUUCGUAACAAACUUACUGAAGCUGAGAGAAAACUUGCUGAAGCACAAAAUCGUGAAAAUCAAUUGGAGCGUGAAAAAGUAGAGCUAAAGGAAAAGUAUGAACAAGCAUUAGCACAAAUGCAAAAACUCAAGGAUGAUUUAGAAGAUGUACGACAAGAAAGUGAAAAUGAAAUACAAAAAUGGAAGACUGAAGUGUAUUCGGCACGAUCUGAACUUAAAGCAGUUGAAACCGCAAAUAAUGCACUGAAAACACAACUUGCGGCAGCUAAUGAACGAGCUGAGUCAUUAAAUAAAACCGUCAAUGAUCAGAAUGGCAAAAUACGAGAUUUGAAUACGCAAAUUCGACGUCAUGAGGAAGAGAUAUCGGACUUGAAAUCUGCUGCUGUAACUCGUGAAUCAGAUUUGGAAAGUGCAUUAAGUCGUUUACGUUCCGUGGAAGAUCAGUAUGCUACAUUGCAAAAUGAACAUGCUAAGACACGGAAUGAGCUAGAAAUUCUACAAAGAGAAUAUGACCUACUUAAGAGCACAAAUGUAAAUCAAGAAUCUGAGCUUGAACGUCUCAGAAAUAAAAUUCAACAGUAUGAAGUUACAAUUAAGGAACAAAAGAAUGCACUCGAUCAUCUUAAAGCGGAACGCGAACGAUUGCAAAAUAUUUAUCGUGAUAAGAUAAAGCAAUUAGAUCACCUUACUCAAUUGGUACAAUCAUUCGAUGUUAAAAUGAACAAAAUGCGUCAGAAUCUUCGAGAGACCUCAGAUAAACUUGUCGCUGCUGAAACAGAACGUAAUACUUUACGCUCCGAAAUUACCAAACUUCAACAAGAGCUACAAUUUGGCAAAGAUCAAAUGGUACGCCGAACGGAUGAAUAUCAGUCAUCUCUGGAAGAUUUAGCAAAUGCACAUCGAGCUGCAGAAGAUGGUCGACUUAAUGCUUUACAAGAGUUAGAAUCGAGGAAAUACGAAUUAGCUGAUUUAAAGUCACGAUUUGAAAAUACGGAACAACGAUUGACAUCACUUCAACAAGAUUAUAAUAAAGUGGAAAACGAAAGAGAUAUCAUGGCUGAUUCACUUAAACGUUUUUAUUCUGUAACUACACAUGCGGUAACAUUACAUAAAGUUAAGGAAGAUGUUGAUCGUGAUCAGUUGAUUGAGACUGAAAUACCACGUUCAAUUCCUUUCCCACCAUCAGUUGAUUAUACCACAAAUGGAGGACGUACUGGAGCAACAACUAUUAAUAUUGGUGAAACACUUGAUAUUAAUCAACUUGAAAAUACUCUUCAAACAUUGAUUAAUCGAAUUGAGAGAUUAGAGCGUGAACGA